CUCAUCUGCAGCCGUAAACUAUUACUGUGGACAGUCAACCGUUGACUUGCCCCGUUCUGAUGAGAUAGCUUGAUCAGAUGGCUAGUUCGGAUUAAUUUAUUACCUCCUCCAGCUCCGUUGACCAAUUCCGGUGCUCUGGCCCAUCACUCACUUGUUUUGUAUUUGUUCAACCACCAUCGACCUCACCAUUUUAUAGGUACCAGUUUACCUACAGCUACACCGACCGACCUACCUUACUUCUUAUUCCCUUGUUGGCCGACAAUUCGCCAGCCUCUUCUCGGCCCCAAUCGUGAUCUUGCUGCUCAAGCUGCUACUAGUUGUUUGGUUUGCAGCCCGUAUUCAAUCGCGCAACGGGACUUUGUCCUCCGGUUGCCGUUCGCCGUCCCCAGCGCGUCCGAUCUGAACUUAUGCUGCAACAUAUGCAGGCAAACCAGAAUCAAACCGUCCUAGUGUAAAAGCCAUAUCGACCAUAGCAGCACCAACCAAGACACCUCAGUGGCAGUCGCAAAUAUGGCGCUCAUAUCAGCCAAGACGAUCAUCACCUCUCUAUCCCUAUUUCAUAUCACCCUGGGCUACUUCUUCCUCACGAGCCCCAUCACCGUCGCCGACCAAGCGCUGGUGUGGGUGUUGGGCGAGGCUAUGGGCAUGCCCUUCGCCCGCGCCUUCGACUCGCAGUCGCCCUCUCUGGCCUUCCUGGCUGUCAUGCUUGCCUUUGUUGGCAUCACUGAUCUCGUAACCCUCAGCCUGCCGGACGAGAUUUGCCUCGUUCACCACUGGGGUACACAAGCCCCGCUCCGAAUGUCCGUCUUCCUCUUCCUCGUCUUUUACACAUUUACAUUCUCGGCUUCGUCGCCGAUAUACGCCGGUGCGAACCCUCGCGGCAUCCUCAGCCACCCGUCAGCGCACAUGCACAACCCCGGCUACAAGCCUGCAACAUGGGGCGGCGACGGCCUCAAGAACCGCGUUUUCUUCACCUUCAUCUUCCUGGAGCUGAUGUGCUGGUUCUGGGUUUGGGUUACACUUCGUGAGGAGCGCAAGGAGGUCCUCACCAGGAAGGCGAUGCGGAGGAGGAGCAGCCAUGGCAGCCACACCUUGCAGAAAUAGAAUUCGCGCCAUUGAACGCCAAAAGAGACUCUCUUACCCCUACUUGCUUUAUCGCCGGAUUUUCCGCAUAAACCUUCAAGUUAAAGUUUUUUUUUCUAGUCCCCUGUUCUACCAUCCCCUCUUGGAGCUUGGAGUACUUUGGAACUGUUACUCCAAUUUCAAUCAGUAUUGGGACACUAGCUCUUCUUUGUUCUCCCGUGAUUUAAUUACUAUGUCCCUAGGGAACUUCACUCUUCAACAGCCUGUGCCGGACUUGCUUGUUUUGGUUAGUCCGUCUUUACCAUAAUCCAUCCCUUGACACCCUCCCUCC